AUGAGUUCUCCCGUGUUGAAAAGUCCAUUAUCCAAGAGCUUGAGGAUUGCCCUCAUCCAAUUGAAGGCUGGAGCCGACAAAGCAGCCAAUCUUGCCAAAGUAUCCAAGUAUAUCGAUGACGCUGUGGCUGGAUCAAAGACCAAGUUGGAUUUGGUGAUGUUGCCAGAGUGCUUCAACUCGCCAUAUGCUGUUGACCAGUUCCGCAACUAUGCCGAGCUCAUUCCCCAAGGUGAGACUACCAACGCAUUGGCUUCGUUGGCUCGCAAGCACAAGAUUUUCAUCGUGGGAGGCUCCAUUCCUGAAUUGGACCCUAGCCUCGAUAACAAGAUCUUCAACACCUCGUUGACGUUUUCGCCAGAGGGUGAAAUUAUCGCCAAGCACAGAAAGACUCACUUGUUUGACAUCGAUAUUCCCAACGGAAUCACCUUCAAAGAGCUGGUGACUUUGACUGGUGGUGACAAGGCCACCGUCUUUAAGUUGGGUGAGUUCGGCAAUGUCGGAUUGGGAAUCUGUUACGACAUCAGAUUUCCAGAAUUGGCCUCUAUCGCUUCCAGAAGUCCUUACAAUUCUUUUGCCAUGUUCUACCCAGGAGCAUUCAACACCACCACCGGUCCUUUGCACUGGCACCUCUUGGCCAGAUCGAGAGCCGUCGACAAUGAGCUUUUCACAGUGUUGUGCAGCCCUGCCAGAGACGUCGAAGGUGGCGGGUAUCAAGCAUACGGGCACUCUUUGGUCGCUGAUCCACUUGGAAACAUUAUCGCUGAGGCAGGCGAAGGUGAAGAAAUCUUAUACGCAGAGUUAGACAAGGACUUGUUGCCAAAGGCCAGAGAGGGGAUUCCGGUUCAUUACCAGAGAAGAUUCGAUGUUUAUGGCGAUUUUGUGGGUGAAGGUAGGGCCAAGGUUUCCGACUUGUAA